UCCCGGUGCCUGCGGACUCUUUGCUUACUAAUAUUGAAACUGAAGUACCAGGAAACACGUUUCAAAACGAAGCACAAUGCAUGCAGAAGGACAGAUCAGCUGGUCUCGUGGUCGCUCGCAUGUUGUAUCUUGAGAGAUAGAUGACUUGAGGCUAAAGUCACUCCUCUACCGCCAGCUCAAGAGUCGAUAUGGAAUAUUUGCUGCAGGUUAAGAUAGGAGCUCUCUUUGGUUUGUUGUUGUUAACACUUCUCUUUGGAUUCAUUCCUGCUCGGGUGAAAUGGUUCAGGGCAGCAAACGGGACAGAAAACCACGGCAUUGUUCUGAGUUUGAUCAGCUGUUUUGCCGGAGGUGUCUUCUUAGCUGCAUGUCUGCUUGACAUUAUUCCUGAUUACCUGUCGGACAUCAACGAUGUGUUAGAGUCUAAGAGGGUGGAGACCAGCUUCCCCCUUCCAGAGUUCAUCAUUGCCGCUGGUUUCUUCUUUGUCCUCAUUAUUGAGAGGAUUGUCCUCAACUGCCGGAAUUCAGCGGGGACUCAUGAUGAAAGGGCUCCCCUGAUACAGACCAACAGCAGCGUGCAUGGGCUAUCCCAUAAUCAAGAUCUGGAGGCUAGUGGGCAACAUAUCCAUGUCGACUUUCACGCUCACUCUUCCUUCCGUUCAUUCAUCCUUUUCCUGUCUCUCUCCCUCCACUCGAUGUUUGAGGGCCUGGCCAUAGGCCUACAAAACACUGAUUCCAAGGUGUUGGAAAUCUGCAUUGCCAUACUGGUCCACAAGAGUAUCAUAGUUUUCAGCCUUUCUGUGAAGUUGGUCCAAAGUGCAGUUCCUCCUCUAUGGGUGGUGGCUUACAUUGGGGUUUUCGCCAUCAUGUCACCUUUAGGCAUUGCCAUCGGCAUCGCUGUAACGGAGGCCCAACUAGAAUCCGGGGCUCUGAUUCAGGCGGUCCUUGAGGGUCUGGCUGCAGGUACAUUUGUUUAUAUCACCUUCUUGGAGAUCCUUCCCCAUGAACUUAACUCCUCAGAUAGGCAACUUCUCAAGGUCCUCUUCAUCCUGCUUGGCUUCAGUGUCAUGGCAGGCCUUACUUUCAUGGGCUGAGGCCAAAAACAUCAUACAGGAGUGGCUCCCCUAUGGAUGACAAUGGGGCUGGUUUGAUUUGUGCCAUCUACCCCUGCAGCCAAGAAAGCCUGCGGAGGCAUGUAGUUUUAGGGCAAAACCAUUUUCAUAAUGAAAGUGGAAGUAGUUUUAGUAUAGCACUGUUAUUUCAAAGGGUCAACAAAGAUUUAUUUUAACAAAAGAGGGUUUUAUUGAUUUUAGUAUACUUCUUUUAUGCAAAAAAGGUGCUUGACUAAACCGACAAUGUCAUUUAUUAUUUUAAGGAGGUUUUAUGUAGAUGUAAUGAUACACUUGAUUGAUACAAUUGAAGAGGUCACGAUAUCAUUCUAUAUUUUAACUGGUCUAUAAACUCAUUGCAUCAGCACCUUUACAUUCAUUUAUAUGUCAUUUAAAGGAGGAAGUUGGUAGCUACUUGUUUCCAGCAUAAGCAUUUUUCGCUCCUUUGUUUUUGUAUUGUAUUCAUGUGAGACUAUCGUUCAAAAGACUUUGAAUUCUUAAGGUUUCCAUUCACCCACGUUUUUUUUUUUUUGCAAACAAAAUGGGCAACACUAUUUAGAUGGAGUCUCCAACAGGAAUCCACCUUGCGUAUAUAGAUGAAACUACUCACUGCACUGUACCUGGCUGCUUGAAUUUGUCAAAUAAACCUGGGUAUAUUGAAACCUUCCCACUGUUACUAUGAGACUGCUCGCCAAAAUAGUGUAUGUUAAGGGUUUUGUAACAAUUUAUGCAAGUUGCAGUUUGGACUUAUGACUUUGCAAAAGAGGCUGUAGUUUUAUGGGAUUUAACCUUCUUUGUUUAGUUCAAAAACUAACAUGAACGCACUGUACACAUAAACAAGAAUCAAGAACAAUUUAUUGUCAUCAUGUACUUGAGCACACAAAAGAAACGAAAUUUCGUUUCACCCAGCCCACAGCAGUGCAACACAAAAGAUAAAAACAUAUCCAAAUUUCCAAAAACACCAAAAACAGAAAACCAAGCAAAAAAAAAGCACACAAACAGUCAAGAACACAGUCCAUUCAGUGCAACACAGUCCAAAAAUGCCACCCAAACAAGAACGGAUAUUGCCCAAUUCAGUGUUUUAUGAAAUGGAGAAAUGGCUUCUUUCUUUUUUUUUGGUGGAUCCCAGUUAGAUCAAGGUUUUACCAUUAAUGGUCCUGAGGCAAUAUGGAUUUCAUACAUUUUGUUCCCAGAUGCAAAAAGUUAGCCAAUUGUUUUAUCUGACUUAGAACAAAUAAAAUGAAGCUGAGGUGCACAUCCUUUGCAUUUUGUACAGUAUGCUGCUGAGUUUGUGUUUUCAUGUACAUGAGGUCUAUGGAGCCUACUAACAAUUUUUGCUGUAAAUUGAUGUGUGUAUGAAUUUAUGUCUAUAUUAAAUACCUCUGUUCGAA